AUGCCAAGUGUAGAUUUUGGUGCUUGUGUAUCAAACUAUUGGUUUGUUUGGUCAAUUAAUGGUCUUGGUUCUAUUUUUGGCAUGGCUGUAAAUAUGGCUGUAUCAUUUUUUUUUCUUAAAUAUUUUCUUAAUACUCCAUCAACACCGAAUGUGCCUACUUCUGCUUUUGAAAAUAUUCGUGGCACAUCAGCAAAGAUUAAAUCAUCAAAAGUCUAA